AUGGACCGCAUCUUCUUCUCCGGGGAGCGGAAGCGCAAGAGGGGUGGCAGAGCCGACCUUGGCGGCGCCGAGGCACCCUCGUAUGAGGGUCCGGAUCUGAUCAGUCGCCUCCCAGACCAUGUCCUCGGCGCGAUCGUCACUCUCCUAGACACCGGUGAGGGCGCUCGUACUGCCGUCCUCUCCCGCUGUUGGCGCCACAUCUGGCGCGACGCCGCCCCGCUCAACCUCGACGAUGAAAGCUUCUUCAGCUCCCUGUGUUACGGAGACGAACACCAUCCGGAACUUUACCUUCACUUCACCGUCUUCCACCACCACCCUGAGUUGCCCGCCUCCGCGCUCCGCUUCGCCAAGCUACGCGUGCUCGACAUCAACAACUGUACCUUUCCGGCCGCUGGCGACUGCAGCUCGCCCGUUUUCCCCUACCUGACCCAUCUCUCUCUCCGCCACGCUGUCAUCACCGAGGAACAACUCCACGGAAUCAUCUCUAAUAGCCCCGGGGUCGAGGCUAUCAGUCUAGAUACCAAUUUCGGCUACCGGCGGCUAUGCGUCUCCCUGCCGAGGCUCAGGUACCUGGCCAUCUCGGACAGAACCUUUGGAGAGAGGGAGGAACUGAGCGAAGUCAUCGUUGAGGAUGCUGCAAGCCUGGAGCGGCUACUGCUGCACGAGGUGGACAAUGGUCCAACUGUGAGGAUCACCGGUGCAGAAAAACUCAAGAUUUUGGGCUACCUUGGAGUUGGCUUUCCCAUUGUUGAGCUUGGCAACUCAAGUUUUAAGUUCUUUGUCAAAAGAUGGAGGAGUUUGAAAGGUAUUGAGCCCUUCAAUCCAUCAGCUCCCAUCGAGUGCCUCGACCGCAGCCUCAAGACCAUCAUGCUGCCUGCAACAAUAUUCAGGUCGGAAGCCACAUCUCGAGUUUGCCAAGUUCUUCGUGGAGAGAGCAAGGGUCCUUGA